AUGGCCGCCAAGGACGACCUGUACGCCAAAGUGGCACCGCGGAGGCAGCGCCAGAACCGGCCGAGCACCAUCAAACAUGGCUCCACUCUGGACGUACUUCUGUCCAUGGGCUUCCCCAGGACCAGGGCCUUGAAAUCUUUGGUGUCGACAGGAGGCAAAAAUGUCCAGGCGGCGUGUGACUGGCUCUUCUCCCACUUGGACGACCCCUUCCUGGACGACCCCCUACCCAGAGAGUACGUGCUGUACCUGCGACCCAGUGGACCUCUGCUGCAGCAGCUCACAAACUUCUGGAAGCAGUCCCGCCUGUCCUGCGGCAAGAACAAGGCCCACAACAUCUUCCCACACAUCACCCUCUGCCAGUUCUUCAUGUGUCCAGACGACAAAGUGGAGGCUCUCUCCGACGCUCUCCAGAGCACCAUGGCCAAAUGGAAGGGUCGCAUCCCUAUGCCCCUCCCCCUGGAGCGCUACAUCUCCUCAACCUUCAUCGGCCUCUUCGUGGAGGAGCAGAUGGCGGAGGUUUUGAAGAGUUUUGCUUCGGAUUUUGCCACCGAAGCAGAAUCUAAAGCAGAUGUUCACGUUGAGCCCCACAAGAAGCAGCUUCAUGUCACCUUGGCGUACCACUUUCACGACAGUCACCUUCCACUUCUGGAGAAGCAGGCCAAAACCAUAGACGUAUCUUCAGGCUGCGACUGGCUGGCGGUGCUCCUCUCCAGAGAUAUUCGCUUUGCUAAUCACGAGACGCUUCAAGUGAUGUACCCGUAUGUGCCUCAGAAUGACGACGAGCUGGAGCUGCUGCAGGGAGACUUCAUCUUCACGUCUCCAGUGGAGCAGAGCACUGCCAGCGAGGGCUGGGUGUAUGGCACGUCACUGGGCACCGGGCUGUCCGGCCUGCUGCCCGAGAACUACGUCAGCCGGGCGGACGAGUCGGACACGUGGGUCGUCCACGGGUCUUACUCGUUUCUCAACUGUGCCUCUCCGUCUGCCUCUGGUAGCUCGGUGGGUGGGCUGUUACUGGAUGGACAGUCCAACGACAGUCUGCUGGACAGUCUCAUGGACAUGUCCAGCCUCACCGGCCUCUGUCCUCCCAUGCAGGUGUCGAGGCCGACCGGUGCGCCCUCGCUGUCCAAGAUGAGGCUGUUUGUGUGUCGUCACGGCGAGCGGAUGGAUGUGGUGUUUGGCAAACACUGGGUCACUCAGUGCUUCGAUCCCAAAGGUCGUUACAUCCGUUCUAAUCUCAACAUGCCACCCAGUCUACCAGCCAGGAGCGGCGGUCACCGGGACUACGAUAAAGAUUGUCCAAUCACUGUGUUUGGUUCCACCCAGGCCCGUCUAGUAGGUGAAGCUCUGUUAGAAAGCCACACGACGAUAAAUUUUGUUUACUGCUCUCCGUCUCUUCGCUGCAUCCAGACGGCUCAGCACAUUCUGCAGGGUCUCCAGCAGGAGGCCAAGACAAAGAUCCGUGUGGAGCCCGGUUUGUUUGAAUGGACCAAAUGGGUUUCAGGCACGUGUUUACCCACCUGGAUCCCGCCGGCUGAGCUGGCGGUUGCUAACCUGAGCGUGGACACAACCUACAGACCUCAUUUUCCUGUGAGUAAGCUGACCGUGUCAGAGUCCUACGACACCUACAUCAGCAGGAGCUUCCAAGUGACCCGAGAGAUUCUAACGGAGUGCAAAAGUCAGGGAAAUACGGUCCUGAUCGUGGCCCAUGCUUCCUCCCUGGAGGCCUGUACUCGGCAGUUACAAGGCCUCAGUCCUCAAAACUCCAAGGACUUUGUCCAAGUUGUCCGAAAGAUCCCUUAUUUAGGUUUUUGUGCUUGUGAAGAAAUGGGAGAGACAGGCGUGUGGCAGCUGGUCGACCCCCCCAUCUUGCCUCUGACACAUGGACCCAAUCACAGCUUCAACUGGAGGGAAAUGCUAACGCAAGACUGAAGGAAUAUGCUGUUUUCGCCUAAAUAUUAUUUAUUUUUUUUCCCUUGACAUUUCACUCAAACUAUUGAAAGGACAAAGAGAAUCACAACCUGGCUUCCAUCUAAGACACCAUGCAAAAAUAAAUGAAGGAAUAAAUAAAAGUCUGUAUAUAAUAUGGGCUAAUGUAUUUAGACGCACUGCUCAGGAAGAAGGAAAACGUCUUUGUGGAGUUCACGUAUGCAGUUUGGAUACUUGUCUUUUAGCGUGCUAAGAAUAUGCAGAUGCUGCAGAGGAUUUGGAUAUUUAAGAAAUGUGACAAACUUUUUUUUUUUUUUGUCUGAAGAACGAACUCUGCGACCCUUCUUUAGCAGACAGGAAGUGAAAUCUGCUGCUUUCUCACACACUGUGACAAAAAUUAACUAAGAAGGACUUGUGCCACAGAAAUAUUUUUCCACGCGUCGGAAAUGAUUAUCUUGUAGCGACAACCCCACAACCCCCGUCUUCUGGGGAAAGAAAGCACAAAAAGAAAGGCUGACAAUCAAAACAGUGGCGCACUGACCACCAUUGUUUCUGUUGCUGCGGUUUGGUAAAUUGUUACACGUCUUUUACUCGAGUGUCAUAUCAUUUUCUUCUACUUUAAUGGAAAUUUUAACACGCGUGAAAACCGCAGUAUAAAAAAUUAAUCAGGAAACGACCCAGCUGACAAGAUGACAUGAUAAUAACUUACAGAAUAAUA